AUGGAAGACUUAACAGCCCAACCAUCCAAUAUAGAAUCUACUGUAUUACCACUUUUAAGCAUCUGCAGCUUAACAGGCGAGUAUCAAGAAAAAAAAGUUGGUCGUAAAAGGCUGAAAUACCGAAAAUUAGUAGAUAUAGAGGAGUUGCCAGCUGCUAAAAGUGUCCAGUUAGUUCAGCUGAUUCAAGUAUGCCAAGACACUUUUGAGAAAGAAGCUGAUGUUCUUAUUGACAAUCAGAUGGCUGAAGAAGCUGUUGAUGAGCUGUUUUUAAAUUAUAAGCAAUAUCUCAUCGGCCUUUUCUCUCUGAGUACACAAUACUAUGAGCCAUCAAAACAAGAAUACAACAAUUAUGAGGAUACUUGGUUCUCGGGUGUCGAUUUAAAUCUCGAUAAUACUAGUAGUAGCUUCGAUACUACAGAUUCUUUUACAUUCGACCUUAACGAUUUUGAUUUUGAUUAUGCAAAUUUAACAACGUCGACUAACUCAGAAAUAUCUCAAUCAUUUGACUUCAGCCAGUCGCAACUAUGUAACGGGCCGGACUUUCUAUUUUCAGACUAUAUUCAGUUCCAUGAUGAAACGAAAGAAAAUGAUGUCAAAGCCGAUGAUUAUUAUUAUAGUGGUAGUCGGAGACGAAUAACCAAAGAAAGUCGAAAUAUGUUAGAAGCUCUUUUCAUAGUAAAGAACUCUCCAAAUAGUGCAGAAAGAAAACUAAUAGCAGAGAGAUGUCAUCUGUCUCCUGCACAGGUAAGAAUAUGGUUUACAAAUAAAAGAAGCCGGUGCAAAAGAAAAGGAUGUUGAAAGCUCUUGUGCCACCGAUCUGUUCGUUUUAUGUAAAAGCAUGAGAUGUAUUAUUGUAUUAUAUAACAUAAAUGACAAGAAGUGAGAGAAAAAAAAAAGUUGAAUGUAAACGUAUGAGAGUCAACAAGCAACGGCCUACUAAUGGUACAGGCAAAAUUUCCAAAAAGACCGAAAUCUUCAUUGGUAAACCGACCCCAACUUACCACAUGCCUUCGAGUUUAAAGAAAUUUCUUGACAAGUAUGCCACAAAUAAUUUACUAAAUAAAAAUUCCGUGACGAACGUCAGAAAAAAGAAGGAGCUUGAAAGAAAGACUAUAGUUAACGGUUUUACUGCUUUUCGAAUAUAUUAUUCUAAAUUUGGAAAAACAUACAAAGAUCAAGAAAAUCUUUCUAAGGAAUUAGCAACCUUUUGGAAAA